UCAAGCCCCGCCUCAGAACCCGGCGGUGAGUUGCGAGAAAACGGGCGGAUUUGGGGUAAAAACAACCGGAUUUGGUGCAACGCCGCUGGUUUAGCGCUAAUACCGGCGGUCUAUAAGGAAAUCAGCGCGUUUCUGAGGAGAACGGAGCUUCAGGGGGAGGAAAACAGCAAGAUAAACAACACCAAAAUCCAACCCAACUUCUGCUUUCCCAAAAAGUUACUUUUUCGCCUUAAAAAAGAAGCAUUAAAUAAAGCAGCGAGCGAACGAGGUUCCAUCCCCCCCAUAUGGCCGAGGGGUUUUGGGUGCCGCCCCCACCCGGGAAUGGGUCGGACUGUCCCGGCGGUGCCCGCUGGGUGCUGCGGCUGCUGGGGGAGUGCGCCCGGGAUGGGCGCGAUGUGGGCAGCGCGCUGCUGGGGAUCGGCUCCAUCGGCUGCUUCGCUGCUGCUGCGCUGCCGCAGUUCUACCAAGCCUGCAAGACAGGCAUCAUGGACCAGGCGCUCUCCAUAUACUUCCUUCUGGGCUGGCUCGGUGGAGACCUCCUGAACCUCAUUGGCUCCUUCCUGGCAAACCAGCUGCCCUUACAGGUGUACACUGCUGUGUACUACGUGCUGGCAGACCUGGUGAUGCUUUCCCUGUAUGGCUACUACAAAGCCAAGAACUGGGGCACAAGAGCCACAGCCUCCAUCAACGCCGCCUGCCUCUUCUGCCUGCUGGGAACAGCCACGACCCUCACGGUGCUGAGCCACAACACAGACCCAGCCCUCAACCCUGCAGCCUUCAGAGGGAGAUCUCUGCUCUCCUUGGGCCUGGAGGGGCCUGGCCCUCAGCCCAUCAGUAAGACUGAGAUCAUCGGCUUUGCCAUCGGCUCCAUCUCCUCCGUGCUGUACCUCUGCUCCCGGCUCCCCCAGAUCUACACCAACUACCGCAGGAAAUCCACAGCUGGAGUCUCCUUCCUGCUCUUUGCCCUGGUGAUGCUGGGGAACUUGUUGUAUGGCACCAGUGUGCUGCUGAAGAACCCGGAGCCAGGGCAGAGCGAAGGUGACUACAUCCUGCAUCACCUGCCGUGGCUUAUUGGCAGCCUGGGUGUCCUGUCCCUGGAUGUCAUCAUCUCAUUCCAGUUCCUCGCCUACCGCACAGGACGGCCCAGUGCUGGUGAAGAGAGAGAGGCGCUGCUUGCUGAGCAUGGUGACAGCUGAUGGAGUGACCCCAGUGCUCCUGGUCCUGUCCUCUUCUCUGCCUGGUGCUGGGGAGGGGGGGACUCAGGCCAGCCAUGAUUUAUGCUGCUGAGACCUUCUGCCUGGCCUGGUGGCAGGUGAGACCUUGAGCCCCUUUGAUACCAGUGGUGGAUCAAUGAGAAAGCAUCACAUACCUCAGAAGGUCACUGAGCCCUGUGGGGUGACCGACCCAUCUCAAGCACCAGCACUUUGUGGUUCUUCUGUCGCUGCCUCUGGACUUCUGGAAGACAGGGCAGCACCUGGAACCCUUUGGAAUAAAGAAGGGACGAUGCAGGGCUGCCAAAGUGUUUCAGGUUAUGGGUAUGGCUCAGACAUCCAUAAAACAUUGCCCCACGUGC